CAAUAUUUUGACUUUCAUUACUUUCUUGAUUCCCAAUCUUCUUCCCAACAACAAGGAAGAAGAUCCUUCUUUCGUUCUGACCUGCAGAUGGGAGAUGGAAGCCAGGAAUACACUGUCGAUGACGCUCUUGUCUCCAUGGGGUUUGGAAAGUUCCAACUUCUUGUGCUUGCUUAUGCCGGCAUGGGUUGGAUCUCAGAAGCAAUGGAGAUGAUGCUACUUUCGUUUGUAGGACCAGCAGUUCAGUCUGCUUGGGGUCUUUCUUCCAAACAAGAAAGUUUCAUAACCAGUGUGGUGUUUACUGGAAUGCUGGUUGGAGCAUACACAUGGGGCAUUGUCUCAGAUAACUACGGACGCAGGAAAGGAUUCCUCAUUACAGCCACGAUUACAUCUGGUGCUGGUUUUCUAAGUGCUUUUUCCCCUAAUUAUACAUCCUUGCUCAUUCUGCGUUGUUUGGUUGGUGUUGGCUUGGGAGGUGGUCCAGUACUGUCAUCCUGGUUUCUGGAGUUCAUUCCUGCUCCUAGCAGAGGCACCUGGAUGGUUGUCUUUUCAGCUUUCUGGACUGUUGGAACAAUUCUUGAGGCUUCACUUGCAUGGUUUGUCAUGCCAACACUGGGUUGGAGGUGGCUACUUGCACUCUCUGCACUCCCUUCUUCACUUCUUCUUAUAUUCUAUUGGGUAGCACCUGAAUCACCAAGGUAUUUAUGCUUAAAAGGUAGAACAACUGAGGCAAUCACUAUUUUGGAGAAAGUAGCAAGACUGAAUGGAUCAAAACUCCCUUCUGGAAUUCUUGUUUCAGAUUUAACAGUAGAGUUAUCUGAAAAGAGUACUCCUUCGGAAGAUACAAGUUUAAUCUCUCCAAGGACAAAUGAAGAUGCGAGUCCCAAGGAGAUGGAUUCUAAUAUGGGGGGCAUCUCUUCACUGUUAAUGCUUCUCUCCCCAAACUUAGUCAGGUCUACCUUGCUAUUAUGGGUAGUAUUUUUUGGGAAUGCUUUUUCAUAUUAUGGCCUGGUGCUUCUGACGUCUGAGUUGAAUGGACAUAGCCAAUGUGUGCCAACUGAAGUAAAGUCAGUCGCGUCUCAGGAUAUCAACUACAGAAAUAUUUUCAUUGCUAGUUUUGCAGAGUUACCAGGGCUGAUCAUAUCUGCUGCCACGGUGGACAGACUGGGUCGUAAGCUUUCGAUGUCAGGCAUGUUCUUCCUGUGCUGCCUUUUUCUACUACCAUUGGUAGUCCAUCAGCCUGAGGGCUUGACCACUGCCCUUCUGUUUGGAGCUCGUAUAUGCAUCACAGCUACCUUCACGAUAGUCUACAUAUAUGCUCCUGAGAUAUACCCAACGUCAGUCCGAACAACUGGUGUUGGAGUUGGAAGCGCAAUGGGAAGAAUCGGUGGAAUGAUAUGUCCUCUUGUGGCUGUAGCUUUGGUACACGGGUGUCAUCAAACAGCAUCCAUUCUGCUGUUUGAGGUUGUAAUUCUUCUUUCAGGAAUAUGUGUAAUGCUUUUCCCAUUUGAAACCAAGGGCCGGGAACUGAGUGAUAGUGUAUCAUCUAGCUCAAAGCCGAUGAAUGCUUUAAUAUGAAACUCAAUACUGCAGGACACCAUCAUUUGUUAAACUUGAAAAGGCAGAAACAAUUAGGCAGGGAUUCGUUUUUCCAUUUGUAAAAAGCAUAGUAUGGAAACGGAUUUCCCCAACAUACAAUAGAACAUUGAACAUAUCUGUUGAGAACUGUUACUGGACUGCAGAUAAGUCCAGAUUUUCUAUGAACCUUUGAGUGCAUGUG